GGAAAAACAGCGAGAGGUCAGCGAUAGAGUGGAAGGGCCGAUUCGAGUGUAUAAAGGAGAGGGUGCCCCAUUUCACUGAAGGGGACCAAAAGGAGUUACCGAUGGAGUGGAAGGAGCAAGUUGAGCGUAUAAAGGAGAUGAUGCCCUGUUUCGCCGAAGAAAUGAUUUACAAAAUGCUCAAGCAAUGCUACAAUCACUUUGACCUCACCCUGCCAAGGCUCCUUUCUCCAGAAAUGCCUAUCAACUCAGGAUCACUGUUGAACAAUUUUUCAUCACCUUCAAGCAGUGCCAAGUCAUCAGUCGCUUCUCAGUCGCAUGGUGUAAGUUUAGACAAAGGGACAGAAGUUGUUCAGAACACGGAGGAUGACACUGGAACUGCAUCAAGAAGUAAUGUCCGAGCCUUGCGUGCCAAUGGUCCAUGGAGUUCCUGUGCAGUACAAGCUGGUUCUGAUCCCAUGGCUCUUGGAAAUAAUGUGGCUAGUUCCUCUAGAAAUGAUUUGGGAAAUAAUGAGGCUCUUGGAAGUUCUGAGUUUCAUGAAUAUAAACUCUUUCCACCACCAACACAACAGGUUGCUUAUUCAUUUCCACAGUAUGGAAUAUCAUUGAUGCUGAAUGAUUUGGUGGCAAACGUUGAUCAACCAUCAGAACUUCGUCGUCUUCUUAGAUGCCCCUUCCUAGACACCCCAUCUAUACCCACAAGAUCCAGUGCUGCAGGGUCUCAGCACCCAAAAACAUCUACGUCAGAGAGUUGUUCAUCAGAAGCUACCCCAAGUACGCCUUUUAGGGAUCCUCAAGAUCCAGUCCUUGAUGCCCUGUUCGAGUGCUCAAGAUAUGGCCCAAUUCAGCGUCCAGGGAAAAUGUCAGAGAAUGCACAUCCAUUCACAUCAAGUGCUUCCAUCCAUCAAUCACCAGAGACCCUGAUGCUAGGCAACAAUAUGUCUGCUGGCCGUGGAUUUACAUGUCCAUACACAAAACUGAGCUCCUAUGAGCCUCAUCGCCCCCUGCAACAACAUGGUUACAUGGACGGGGGUGACAAUAUGCAUCAGAACUUCGGAAAUGAUAUGCCAUCUGCUCAACAAGAGGUGCAUCAAGGUGGUAGCUCAUCUCAGGGCAAUGCUGAUGCUUCUGGUUGGGUAAGCUUCCCGGGCGCAGGAAGGACACCUCAUCAAUAUCCGCCAAAUUCACCUGCACCGUCUGAUAUAUCCAGGACCGGCUAUGACUCCGCAUUGCACUAUCAGGCUCAGCACCAGCAGAGUAAUGCUUAUCGCCAUGCUGGAAUGACCUAUAACAAUUCUGCAAGGAAUCAUCAGCCUGAUUCAGGAGCAAUUUCUGCACUCCCCGAGCACCUACACGGUGGCUUCCCUGGAUGGGCGCCUUUGCCUGCUAAAGCAAAUAAUCAGCAUGGUGGAGGAUCUUCACAGAAUUAUGCUUAUUGAGCCUACCCAAGCUGACACCUUCCUGAAAUGAGCAUCAUGCCAAAUCAUCAGCAGCAAAGCCAUACAAUAUAACCAUGAAGGAUUUGCAGGACCAAUCAAUAAUGCAAUCACCUUGAGCUCCACUGUAAUCACUGAUUACUGCUUGGUAUUACAUCUGCAUUUAUGGGGAUGGCUUUCUUCCCUGAUUUUGACAUAGAACUUACCAGGUGGCAGCUUCAUUUGUAACGAUACUCAGGUUGUUGCUAAUCCACUUUCACACACUUCACUGUCUCCUUUGAAUAGGAGAUAAUAUAGAGGUUCUUGCUUGUCCAUGUGUACAUACUUUUCAGCAUAUAAUACAUUGUCUCAAUAUCACCCUUUUGUUUUGUAA